AUGGCCGCCGAUUCUGACCUUUCGGCGGGCUUCGUUGCGUCGCGGUAUAAACCUCCAGCACUUCUGCCUAUUGCACGGCAUCGCAAAAGCUUGCUCUAUGUGGUGGAAAACUACCCUGUAACGAUAGUAGUGGGCCAAACCGGUAGCGGAAAGUCUACCCAAUUGCCCCAGUUUCUUGAUCAAGCAGGAUGGUGCGCAGAUGGGAAGCAGAUUGCGGUCACUCAGCCUCGCAGAGUGGCUGCAACGACGGUUGCAGCGCGAGUUGCGGAAGAAAUGAGGUGUAACGUGGGCCAGGAAGUUGGAUAUUCAAUUCGAUUCGAGGACGUAACGUCUGCCGCAACUCGGGUUAAAUUCUUGACGGAUGGCCUUCUGCUGCGGGAAGCUCUUGUGGACCCGUUGCUAUCUCGUUACUCUGUGAUCAUGGUUGACGAAGCCCAUGAGCGCUCCCUGAGCACUGACAUUCUUCUAGGAGUGCUCAAAAAAGUGAUGAAAAAAAGGCCGGAAUUACGGAUUAUUGUCAGCAGUGCGACUCUCCAGGCAAAGGAAUUCCUACAGUUCUUCGCAGGAGACCAGGUUGAUUCAGGGAAUAGCAGCGAUAUGGGUGGUAAGGUGGGAAGGAUAGUUAGUCUUGAAGGAAGAAUGUAUCCUGUUGAUAGCCUCUUUCUGGAAAACCCGACAGAAGACUAUGUUGAGAGGGCUGUCAAGACAGUGUUCGACAUUCACGCAGAGGAGACUUCCGGGGACAUUUUAUUAUUUCUGACUGGCAGAGAGGAAAUUGACCUUGCAAUCCAGAAGAUCUCGGAGUAUGCGGCUACUUUGCCUCCUCACUCCCAGGGAUUACAGCCGCUACCAUUAUAUGCUGGGCUGACUACAGAACAACAGCUUUAUGUUUUUGAGCCUGCUCCUGAGAACACCCGCAAAGUUAUCGUUUCCACCAAUAUUGCUGAAGCAUCCGUGACCAUUGAAGGGAUUGUUUACGUUAUUGAUUGUGGGUAUGCGAAGCUUCGCGCCUACGACCCGAAUACUGGAAUCGACACUCUCACGGCAGUGCCCAUUUCAAAAGCAUCUGCAACUCAGCGGGCCGGCCGUGCGGGUAGAACAAAACCAGGAAAGUGCUUUCGUCUGUAUACCGAGCAAUCAUACGAAUCUCUGCCAGAAACAUCUGUUCCCGAAAUCCAGAGGUCGAAUCUUGCCCCUGUUAUUCUUCAGUUGAAAGCUUUGGGAAUCGAUAACAUUGUUCGAUUCGACUUCUUUAGCGCACCCCCAGCGGAGCUAGUUAUUCGAGCACUUGAGCUACUUUACUCGUUGGGAGCUCUGGACGACUAUGCAAAAUUAACAAAGCCACUGGGAAUGCGCAUGGCGGAACUCUCAGUAGAGCCUAUGAUGUCGAAGGUUCUAUUGAACGCCUCGUCAUUUGGAUGCCUCAGUGAGAUGCUAUCUAUUGCGGCUAUGACAAGCCUUCAAGGCUCCGUGUGGUAUCAACAAGAUGAUGAAAAGAAGGCGUUGGAGUCUGCCCGGAGGAAAUUUGCUGCCGAAGAAGGGGAUCACUUAACAUAUCUGAACGUGUAUCAAGCGUUCGUUACGAAAGGCAAAAAAGAUUCGAGGUGGUGCAGGGAGAAUUCAUUGAACUAUAAGUCAAUGCUCAAAGCUGUCAGUAAUCGUGCGCAACUAAAGAGAUAUUUGGAACGGUUCGGCAUCGAAGUCAACGAAACGCUCUCGUCGCAUCGGUCUCAGGCAUCUACCACUGCCGAACAGAUUCAACGAUGUUUGACCACCGGGUACUUUGCCCAUGCCGCGAGAAUGCAACCCGAUGGCACUUUCAGAACCAUAAGUGGAGGAAUCACACUUCAUGCGCAUCCAAGUUCACUGAUGUUUAAUCGAAAAGCGGACUGGGUGAUUUUCCAUGAGAUCUUGCAGACAGCCAGCAAGACGUUUAUUCGGGAUGUUACAAAAGUCGAGAAGUCAUGGCUUCUGGAAUAUGCCUCAGACUAUUAUCGAGUGAAAGAAUAA